AUGGAUCUAGCAACUCAACAAGCAGCCUACAGACUUCUCUGCCUCAAGCAAGAGGACCAUCCAGUGGAGGAUCACAUUCAUGAGUUUCUGGAGCUGGCAAAUGUGGCGGACUUCCCAGAGCGUGAGAUCGAGGCAACUCUAGACCAUCUGAAGUGGCUGGAGAGAGAUCUGAACACUAAAGAACAAGAGCUAAAAGAGAGAGAGAGAGAGAGAGAGAGACUGAAAAUGUGGGAGAGGAAACUCAUCGAGCAGUCCAAAACACCAUUCUUCCUGUGGCCGCAGCAAUCAGCUCAGGGUUGUUGUUUGAAUCGAGGGUGGAGGAAUCGAAUUCAGAGGCGUCGUGUGAGUUCAGCAGCUGUGCUGAAGAAGAGAUUGGACAGUGCCAUUUCACAGUAUAGUAUCCCCGUCACAAUACAGAAUCACAUAACUGGACAGAGACUGCUGCUGCUAUCAGAGAGUGACAUGAGAGAUCUUGGUGUGACAUCAAAAGGACAUAUUAUACAUUUCAAGACUGAAAUUAAGAAACUUACCCAUGACUACCUGAGUCUGUUCCACUUUCCCCCAUUGAUCAAGUCAUGUGGUCUCCUCUGUCUCCCGAGUCCAAAGGACUUGAGGAAAACUGUAAAUCUGGAGUUGGUGUUUGGAUAUCACUGGAAAGCAGGCACAGGCCCUACAGACUGUAAAUGGAAAAUUUACAUGGAGCGUGAUGGAGAUGAGGUGGCAAUAGUGAAUAUCAGAGACUUGACCUUUAAUGCUAACAGACCAGAGGUAGAUGUAUUAAAGAUGACAAAGCCUCCAUUUGUGAUUGAUAAAUGGAUAGUCGGAAUAGCAGGCACACAAACAUUUGACUGCUUUGUAAACUAUGAGUUCCCCAGUAAUGUGAGAUCUCCUAAGUGCACAAGGCAUGUGCACACACUGAAGUGGAGUCCAGCCAGUGGGAGGGAAGUCAUCAAACCUGUAGAGCUUGUCAUUGAAACGGCACACAUCAGAGAAGCAUACAACAGAAGCAGGUCCAACUCAGUGCUCGGUUGUUAUGCCACUGCCAUGAGGAGAUCGCCUUAUCGCAACUCUCCGUGCACAGACUCAUGGAGUUUCUCCCCCAUGCUCUCAUUCAAACUCUCCACCAUGCAUCUGGGGUCAAUGGGCAGCAGCCCAUCUAGCACAAUGUCAGAGAGCACCUACGAGUGCGAGAGCCCACCUAGUGCAGGAGCUAAACAUAACUACAACAGUAAAAUCUAUUAUGACCACAUAAUUAAAAUCACUGGAGGAGGAAGAGGCGAAGCCAAAAGGUAUAAUCAGGUGACACAGAAAGGAUCCACAGGCUUCCAACACAGCAGACGACCAUGAAACAGCCAGUCUUAUAUAACGGUGACUGAAGGGCCAAAGAAGAAAGGGGCAUCUGAAGAGGGUGGGGCCAGUUAUGGGGAGUGGAUUAAAGUAGAAAAGAAAUCUAAUAAACAGGAACAUAAACACCAGGAAGGGAGGUCCGCCAGAGGUCGUCCACAGAGAGGAGGGAGAGGAGGUGGGCGUGGCAAAUGUUGCAGAUUUGCAAAGUGGGAUGUAGAGGAUUUGUAG